GCGGUGCGGGGGUGGAGCGGCGGGCGAGCGCUGCCAUUUCGGGCCAUCCAGCGGGUCCCGCCCGCCGCCGGUGUCCGGUUACCGGUGCCGGGGCGCAGGGAGCCGCCGUCCCCGGGGCCGCCGCCCGCCGUCCGCGCCCCCGAGCAGCAGGUGCCAGCAGACCCCCAGGAUGGCGGAGGCUCACCAAGCUGUGGCGUUCCAGUUCACUGUCACCCCUGAGGGCUUGGACUUCCACCUCAGCCGUGAGGCUGUCAGGCAGCUGUACCUUGCUGGCAUCUCCUCCUGGAAGAAGCGCUUGGUCCGCGCCAAGAACAGCUUCCUGACCGGCGUCUACCCUGCCUCCCCCUCCAGCUGGAUGGUGGUCGUGAUGGCCACCGCUGGCUCUUUCUACUGCCAGGUUGACCCCUCCCUGGGGAUGAUUGCCCGCAUCCGCCACUGCCUGCCUGAGAGCCGCCUCCUGAGCUAUGAGAGCCGGACGAUGGUGAGCACUGUGAUCUUCUCCACCGGCGCCUGGCUCUCUGCCGUCCUGCUCUUCCGGCAGGCGCUGAAGCUGCUCCUUUCCUAUCACGGCUGGAUGUUUGAGCCGCAUGGCAAGAUGAGCCGCAGCACCAGGAUCUGGGUGGCGCUGAUGAAGGUGCUGUCAAUCCGCAAGCCCCUGCUCUACAGCUUCCAGACCUCUCUGCCCAAGCUCCCUGUGCCCCCUGUGGAGGCCACCAUCACCCGGUACCUGGAGUCGGUGCGCCCACUCAUGGAUGACGAGAAGUACAGUAAGAUGGAGGCCCUGGCCAAGGAGUUCAAGGAGAAGACAGCUCCACGGCUGCAGAAGUACCUGAUCCUCAAGUCCUGGUGGACAACCAACUAUGUGAGUGACUGGUGGGAGCAGUACAUCUACCUGCAUGGCCGCAGCCCACUCAUGGUCAACAGCAACUACUAUGCCAUGGAUUUUCUCUACGUGACCCCCAGCCACAUCCAGGCUGCUCGGGCAGGUAACAUGGUGCAUGCCAUCCUGAUGUACCGCCGCAAGCUGGACCGUGGGGAGAUCCCCCCCAUGAUGGCGCUGGGCAUCGUGCCCAUGUGCUCCUACCAGUCGGAACGGAUGUUCAACACGACCCGCAUCCCUGGCAAGGAGACGGACACACUGCUGCACCUGGUGGACAGCAAGCACCUGGCUGUCUACCACAAGGGCCGCUUCUACAAGGUCUGGCUCUACUAUGGGGGGCAGCUGCUGCAGCCCUGUGACCUGGAGCUGCAGUUCCAGCGCAUCCUGGAUGACCCCUCGCCCCCCCAGCCUGGCGAGGAGCGGCUGGCAGCACUCACCGCUGGCGAGAGGGUGCCCUGGGCUGAGGCUCGAGCCCGGUUCUUCAGCCAUGGGAAGAACAAGGUGUCACUGGAUGCUAUCGAGCGGGCAGCCUUCUUCCUGACGCUGGACGAGGAGGAGCACGGCUAUGUCGCGGGCAAGGAGGGCUGCAUGGACACCUAUGCCAAAUCCCUGCUGCAUGGCCAGUGCUAUGACCGCUGGUUUGACAAGUCCUUCACCUUGGUGGUCUACAAGAACGGGAAGCUGGGGGCCAACGCCGAGCACUCCUGGGCUGAUGCGCCCAUCAUUGGGCACCUCUGGGAGGGUAACGGGGGGGACCUCUCCCCUCAGUUUGCACUGGCAACAGAAAAAUUCCAGCUGGGCUACACCGAUCGGGGACACUGCCGGGGCGAGCCCAACACUCAGCUCGCCCCCCCCCAGCGCCUCCAGUGGGACAUCCCCCAGGAGUGCCGUGACACCAUCGAGAGCUCGUACCGCCUGGCCAAGGCACUGGCCGAUGAUGUGGACUUCUGCUGCUUCCAGUUCUCUGAGUUUGGGAAGGGGCUGAUCAAGAAGUGCCGGACCAGCCCCGACGCCUUUAUCCAGAUCUCCCUGCAGCUCGCACACUUCCGUGACAAGGGCUGCUUCUGCCUCACCUACGAGGCCUCCAUGACGCGUCUAUUCCGUGAGGGCCGGACAGAGACGGUGAGGUCCUGCACCGCUGAGUCCACCGCCUUCGUGCGCAGCAUGGGGGAUGCCCGGAAGACCCGAGCUGAGCGCCAGCGGCUCUUCAAGCUGGCGGCCGACAAGCACCAGCACAUGUACCGCCUGGCCAUGACCGGGGCCGGCAUCGACCGACACCUCUUCUGCCUCUACGUGGUGUCCCGCUACCUGGGGAUACAGUCCCCCUUCCUGGCCCAGGUGCUGUCGGAGCCCUGGCGCCUCUCCACCAGCCAGACACCACAGCAGCAGCUGAAGAUGUUCGACCUGAACAAGUACCCCGACCACGUCUCUAGUGGUGGCGGCUUUGGCCCCGUGGCGGAUGAUGGCUACGGUGUCUCCUACAUCAUCGCUGGUGAGAACCUCAUCACUUUCCAUGUCUCCAGCAAGUUCUCCAGCUCUGAGACGGACUCAAAGCGCUUUGGGAGGAACAUCCGCCAGGCCAUGCUGGACAUCGCUGAGCUCUUCGACAAGCCAGCCGAGAAGGCGGGGAAAUGAGGGGGGAAUUGGGCUCAGACCCCAGCCUGGAGGGGCCAGCAGGGGCCGCUCUGAGCCCUGGUGCUGGGCAGGGGGUUGGGGGUCAGCAAGGGUGUUGCUGCUCUGUACAUGUUUCCAAUAAAGACUGUUGGUGUGA